UUAAUCGAGUUGCUGGCCUGUUGUUAGUGUUAAAUUAUGAUUCAAUUGCAUAAUAGAUAUUAUAUGUUGAUUAAAAAUUAUUCUAAACUAUGUCUUACAUUCUAAAUUUAGAUUUAACUGUCUGAUUUUUUUAUUAUUUUCGGAAAUUCGAAAUCUUCGAAAUCAGUAGACCAUGAGCUAUCACGAUCGCCAUAGAAAGGAAGAUGGCAGGAGCAGCGGACAUCUCUCACGUUACCGUGAAGCUAAUAAAUCAACACAUUCGAGAAGUCACCAGUCAGAUCACGAACCAUCAGAGAAACGUAAAAGAUUACGCUCGAGAACACCCGAAAAAGCAUACCGCUCUAGAAACCGUCCUGAGUCUGGUGUUUUAAAACGUGAAAGUUCAAGCUCUGAGCAUAAUCCAUACAAAGUUGAACCAACUAGUCCAAAUACCGGUUAUUCGUCACAAAGUCCAAUUAACUCCGACACAAAACAACGAUCUCCCCGCCAUAAGCCGGAGGAAACAAAUUUGAUUAAUUUCUCUUUCCUGGAUCACAAAAGCUCGUUGAAUCGUGUUCUUCUCGGCUAUUGCAGCCGAGAUCAAUUGGUUACCGAUGCCAACGAUUUUUGGUUAUUUCUAAACAAAUACGAACAUCUUCUGAAACGGUCUGGGCAGUGUAUUCUACCGGUGCCCCCCGAUCCCACGGCACCGCGUACGGUAACCGAAGCUUCUCCAAGUCGGUAUGAAAAGGCUUUCUGUUCCAGAAUGAGGAUUGCAGUGCCAUUUGAAGAGUUGCACAGUCGACUGCAACACUACGACCAAAGCGGAAGGAUCACAGAACAUAAGUUGAAACAAUUUCUACAGAUCGUCGUGCAUUAUUUGGAGUUUAGGCAGAAAGAACGUUACAACAAAUUGCGAAAGCUCCGAAAAGCUCAAGCAAAUCUUCCAGUUGCUAGUCAUCGUGACGAAAUAAUAGCCGCGGUAAACAAUGAGCAGAUUAUUAUAUUGGCAGGGGAUACGGGUUGUGGGAAGUCUACCCAGGUGCCGCAAUAUUUGUACCACGCUGGAUACGAAAAGAUUGCAUGCACGCAACCGAGGCGUAUUGCUUGUAUAUCACUCUCCAAACGAGUGGCUCAUGAGAUGUUAUGCGAGUACGGAACUCGAGUCGGCUAUCAAAUCCGGUUCGAGAAAAGUAAGAGUACUCAAACGAAUAUUUUGUUUAUCACAGAAGGUUUGUUGCUGCGCCAACUAUCCACAGAUGAAAAUUUGUCCCAGUAUUCGGUAAUAAUCUUAGAUGAAGUGCAUGAGCGACAUCUACAUGGCGAUUUUCUACUCGGCAUCACUAAAUGUCUGAUAAGAGCAAAACCGGAUAUAAAGCUAGUUCUGAUGUCUGCAACGAUCAAUAUCAAACUAUUCGGUGACUACUUUGCAGAAGAGAAGGCACAAAUCAUCGAAGUCCCCGGUCGACUAUUUCCGAUUAAAUUACACUACAUGCCACAGAUUCAAGAUGUUUGUACCACCAGCACUGGUAAAACUAAACAGAAGACUUCUGAUCGCAUCAGUCCGGAGCCAUACAUUCAGAUAUUGCAGUUGAUCGAUCAAAAGUAUCCGCCUACAGAGAAAGGUGACGUUCUAAUUUUUCUCAGCGGUUUAAACGAAAUCACAACAAUCGUGGAUGCUGCCAAAGACUAUGCUGAGAAAAACAAGAAUUGGAUUAUUCUCCCCCUGCACAGUACUCUGUCAAUCGCUGAACAGGACAAAGUGUUUGACUACGCACCCGAUGGAGUUCGGAAGUGUAUCAUUUCGACUAACAUUGCGGAAACUUCGGUGACCAUCGAUGGAAUUCGAUUCGUCAUCGACUCGGGUAAAGUUAAAGAAAUGAGCUAUGAUGCUACUACCAAGAUGCAGCGAUUGAAAGAGUUUUGGAUUUCGAAGGCUUCGGCCGAGCAACGCAAGGGACGUGCGGGUCGAACGGGUCCCGGUAUAUGUUAUCGUUUGUUUUCCGAAAAACAGUUCGGCGACUUCGAGUCGUACACUACAGCGGAAAUUUUAAAGGUCCCGCUGGAGUCUCUACUGUUGCAGAUGAUUUCCAUGGGGCUGCCUAAUGCACGAUUAUUUCCAUUCAUCGAAUCGCCCCCCGCUGAGAACAUUGAGAAUGCCAUCAUGAAUUUGAAACACCAUGAGGCAUUGACAGCGGAUGAAAAACUGACACCACUAGGGAAAGCAUUGGCGAAAAUUCCUGUGGAUAUUGGUAUCGGUAAGAUGUUGCUGAUGGGGUGUGUGUUCCAACAGUUACAGCCAGUGUUGACACUAGCUGCAGCUCUGAGUGUCCAGUCGCCGUUUACGAAUCGCGCCUAUCGUGAACCCGAGUGCGAGCGCGCUCGCAAGUCGUUUGAGUCGGAUCACGGCGAUCCCGUUACGUUGCUAAACGCUUACAAGGAAUGGCUAGAGCUAAAGCAGAACGGGUUUGAGUACCGACGAGAUGAACAUCGUGAAAGUUCGAAAAGUUGGUGCCGCAGACGAGGCCUAGAAGAGCAAAGGUUUUACGAAAUCACCAAGCUGAGACGCCAGUUCCAAGACUUGCUACAAGACUGCGGUCUCAUGGAGAACGCCAACGCGGACAAUAUGACCAGUGCUGAGCGUGCAAUCCGACACGGCGAAUUGAAACAGCUCAAGGAACUGCGAAAGUCGCACCGAAUGGAAGCUCCUAGGAAACGACAGCUGUUAAAAUCGGAUCCUUGGGGGCUUGAUGAUGGCGAAGAGAACGAUGGGAAAGUCGAUAUAAGAGAUGUAGAAUUUCGUUUGAGUCACGAUUCGUCGAAGAUUCAAGAUUUGGUAUCCGGGGCUACCGCUUGCAGUUAUCGUGACCUCAUGACACUGAAACUGAUCCUGGUCAGUGGAUUGUACCCACAGGUCGCUAUAGCAGAUGAUUACAAUUAUUGCAAGAAUCCAACUGAGCAAUUUUUCCAUACCCAAACCAAGCCUUAUGUUUCGCUUCAUCCUAUGGGUUAUUUCGGUAAUAAUACAGACGUUCUUCAACUAACGGAAGAUGACAUAAUAGAAAAAUCUGGCUUGUACAAAUCGCGACAACCGUUGAGCUCGAAGCAUCAAAUAUUGUGCUACUUAACACUUCUGGAGACGAACAAAACAUAUCUGAUGAACACAUUACGAAUGCCGGCUGCACAAACGCUCUUACUGUUUGCACAUACGAUCGAUACUAAUUUAACAUUUUCUCGGAUAAUCUGUGAUUCUUGGUUGUGUCUUGAUUUCCCAUCACCAGAAAGUGGACAAAUUUUACUCCAUAAAGCGUCAAACUUGAGACGUCUAUGGAACAAAAUGUUGGCAGAGAAAUUGAAAGUUUUGAAUCAUACAGCGGAUGAAGAGCUAUCCAGAAGUGAUCGCGAAAAAUCGAUUGAACGGAUGAACUACGAACUGUGGCACGAUUUGGCACAAUUUAUGAACACGGAGGUUUGCUACACUUUGAAGCGGCUGCUUCCCGCUGAUGUAAAAACCAUGUACAAGGGACCAUUCGUGGAUCAAAUGCUUGUGGUAGAUCCAAACCCAUUCGCAGAAGAGUUUGUACCAAUUGCCAAUGACACCAAAGGAGGACUGCACAUAACAGAGAAUAUUAUCUACGGAUGUAUCAAUGAAACAGAUUGGAGUUUGCAAAUGCUGGAUGAUAUCGAAUCCAAUGAUUGGGAAUGCAAUAAUUGCAGUUGUACGUAUAAUUUGACUGGAAUGCAAAAACUGCAGCACAAAAUGGUUUGUAAACCCUGUACAAGGGAAAUUGAUCCGUCAGCGGAAAGUGCCGGGACAAGUAGCAACCAGAAACCUGGAUCAAAACGAUACGAUUGUCCAACUUGUGAGAAAGUUCUAUACUUGUCAUCGAUUGAAAUUCUUAAGCAUAAGAAAUCUUGUUCCAAAAUAAUCAAAGAAGAGGUUGAGUAAAUCGUUUGAAUAAUUUAUUAUUCAUUACCACAAUAAAAAUGCAUUCAAUUACA